CUGAGCAGCAUGCAAGAUUUUCCACCACAAAAUAUUUCAUUCUCAACCUUUAAGCUAAAUGGCUUUCUGGCCUUGGGAGAAUGGAGACCCAUUUUAUCCAUGCCCUAUUUCCUUAUGUUUUUAUUGUCUACUAUAUCAAACUCCAUUAUAAUAUAUUUAAUUGUAUCUCAGAAGACUCUGCACUCUCCAAUGUAUGUACUGAUAGGUUUUAUGGGUGUUGUGGACUUGUGUUGGCCAAUAUUUUUUGUACCAAGUUUGUUACUCAACUUAUUAUUUGACUGGAAUGGAAUUUCUCUCAUGAGCUGUUUAAUACAAAUGUUUUUUAUUCAGAUUUUUGGUGCAUUUCAGUCUACUGUACUGGUGUGGAUGGCUCUAGAUCGUUUCUUUGCUAUAUGCAGACCACUUUAUUAUCACAAACACAUGGAAUUCCACAGCUUUCUAAAGUUUAUUAUUGUGCCAGUUGCUAGAAAUCUGUUCUUGAAUAUCAUAAUGAUCUAUUUGGCUGGGAAAUUGAAUUUCUGUAGAAUAAAUGAAAUAGAUCACUGUUUUUGUGAACAUAUGGGAUUAGUUCAGUUGGCAUGUGGAGAUACUUCUAUUAACAACCUAAUUGGCCUUGUAUCUGCUUUUCUUAUUCCAACAUCAGAUUUUCUUUUUAUUACUGCAUCAUAUAUAAUAAUAUUUGCUUCAGUACUGAAAUCAGGAAAAGCCCACUUGAAGGCUAUCAACACUUGUAUUACACAUAUUAUUGUCAUGACAGUCAAUUUAGCAUUUGCCUUGAUUGCUUUUAUGUCAUACAGAAUAAGAAAUAAUUUUUCUCCUAAUAUUCGUGUUUUUCUGAGUACUAUGUACAUACUAUUCCCAAGUUGUUUUAAUCCAAUUAUUUAUGGAGUAAGAACAACUGAAAUAAGGAACCAAUUUCUUAAACUUUUCAACCAUUUGAAAGUCUUACCACAGUAA